AUGAAGUUCAUCUGGUUAGCAGCCAUCACCACCACCCUUAUCCUUGGAUCAACACCAGUACUCUCACAAGAGGAAAGUCCUCCGCCAGAAGUCACACCCGAAACCACACCAGAUGUAACAUUCACGAUAACAUCUGAAAUACCACCUGAAGUGCCUACGGAAACACCACCGCCUGAAGCUGACCCAGCCGUGGAACCUCCGCCGCCGGUGACUGGGGAGCCUCUCCCUGAGGAUGGAAGCGAGUAUGACCACACGGCAGAGGGUGAAGUCUACAAUGUGAUCCCACACGUUCCUCAAGAUUGCAACGAUAUCAGAAUCUUUAGUGCUCGCGGCUCAGAUGAACCCUACCCAGGCCGUGGCGGAGGAAUGCUGGGUGUUCUCUGCUCAUUGUUUGAGGAAACCGGCGUCUCGUGUGACUAUGAGGAUGUCGUCUAUCCUGCAAACAUAUCAUUCUCGGGGAUCUUUUGUCAAUCAGCACACACUGGUGCUACCGCUGGCCAGGCUCAGAUGACUGAAUAUGUUCAAAGAUGUCCCGACUCACGACUAGUCUUGACUGGAUACUCACAGGGAGGAGGUGUGGUUGGGGAUAUUCUGGGCGGUGGAGGAGGCUUUCUUUUUGGAUGCGACCAGCCCCCGAAUCCUCCGUUAUCCAGGGAUACCACGCCAGGAUCGAACAUUGCCGCCGCUGUGACAUUUGGCGCACCUCGUUUCACCACCAACCAAUCCUACAACAUCGGACGUGGAUCGACCUUCAACGGAGUUCUGGGUCGUCAAGGACAGCAACUUGCGGACCUCAACAAAUACGAUGACAUCCUAGCAAUGUGGUGCAAUGCGGGUGAUCCUGUCUGCGCCGUGGGGAGUGAACCUAUUAAUAUCACAGCUCACUGGAGCUAUUACGAUGAAUAUACAAACGUUGCAUCUCGUUGGGUUGUGGCGACCGUUUUGGGACAGACCGAUGUGCGGCUAGACUUGGAUCUUGAUGGGAAGGACGAGAGUAUCGUUUUGACGGGAUCAGCGCCAUCGAAUUCUUCGACUGACAAUCAAAGCCGCAGUGGCGGCGGAGAUAAAGAUGCUGCGCUGAGUUUGAAAAGCCACUCGACGGGUGUUUGGGGGUUAUUGGGCCUGGUCGCGUUGGUCACAAUUGGUUUGGGCACCAUGUUUUGA